AUGGGCUACACAUCGUAUCCAUUUCAAUUGGUAGUGGCCGUGCUGGCGGAGAUGGCGGAGGCUGAGCUUGAGGCGGAGGAGGCGGAGGAGGAGGCAGAAAAGAUCCCUGAAGAACCAGAGAGUCGUAGAAAGCGGACUCUGGACCCGGCCUCUCCAUCAUCACCACGGUCAGCUCGAAAGGUUGCAAAACGCGAAGUUUCCGAUCUCCGUCACGAAGAAGAUGCAAAGCAGGCCGACAUGACGAGUAGCACAAACGUCAAUGAAGCGUCAGCAAGUAUGGAAAACACCUCUGUGAACGCCAACGCAGGCAGCAGUUCUGAAAGAAGCGCCUUGACUAAGAACGUCAUCAAAGAAGAACCUUUGGACGAGGAUGGCUUCGAAGUGAACUAUGAGGCAGCCGAAACCCAUGGAGGAGAUGCCUUGGAUGAAGAGGAGGAUGCUAUGAUGAGGACUGUAAUCAAGAGAGACGAUAGUGUAUGA